AUGGCAGAAGACAAAUCCAAGAAGUUUGAGGCCUCCUCCUCCUCCAGCGCGCCCGCUGCUGUGGGUGCCGCCGCCGUUGUGGCGGCUGGCUUUGCAGCCGCAAGGGGGCGCCGACAGGGUGCCAAGGUAGCUCGCCGUCAGCAGGCGCCCAGGCAGACUGCGGUGGCAGAGCGAAAGGUCGGAGACCUGUCUGGCGCGCUUCCGGAUUGCCCACCAACUAUCUGGAACGCCGAUGACAUCGACAUCAAGAGGCUCCCAGAUAUAAACAAGACCGCGCCUCUCAUUAUCGACGCCGCAGAACUUGCCGAUCUGAAGCAGGGCUCGGAGAAGGAGUGGUUUGCAGCCCAGAGGGAGAAGAUCAUGGCCCAGCUGCAGGAGCACGGAGCUAUUUGGUUCCGCAACUUCGAGUCGACCAAGGAUGCGGAGGGCUUCCGCAGCUUCUACGAGGCGCUCCAGCUGAACCCCUGCCUGGACCCCAUCCACACUUCCGGCCUGCGAGCGAUGGAAGUGCAGAAGCACGCGGUCUACGAGGCCGUCAACAAGCCUUCCCUGGCUCAGCACUUUGUUGGCUUGCACAACGAGUCGACUUUCGUGAAGACCGCCACCUACGGAGCCUUCGUGUGCUUUGAGCCCGCCUCCGAGGGCGGCGGUGAGUUCCUCGUGGCAGAUGGCGCCAAGAUUGUCAACGACCUGGACAAGGACGUGCUCGAACGCAUCUACCAGAACAAGGUUCGAAUCUCCGUGAGCAACCUUGACCUCAACUUCUUGGGCGCCCUCCCCGAGGGAUUUCGGGAGCAGACGGCUGACUUCCUGCAGGACCUGAUCCUUAAGGUGGUCGCUCCCAAGUUCGAGAUGGACCUGGAGAUGAUCUUCGGCGCGGACCAGUCGAACCCCUUCAGGCUGCAGGCAAUUGAGCACGCCCAGUCGCCGAUCAACACGCACCCGGUCACAGGUCAGCCAGUGUGGUUCUGCAACCUGCACAACCACAGCCGCUACCUUCGCGACCGGCGUCCGUGCACCGUCCCUGAGGUGGGCAUGACGGAUGUUUACAGUGGAGACCUCUCCACGAUCCCCUAUGACGAUGUCAGGCACAUCAACGAGGUCUGCGAGCGUAACAUCGUGACCAUGCCCAUGAAGAAGGGCGACGUGGUCCUUCUGGACAACUACCGGGUCCUGCACGGCCGCAACACCUUCAAGGGAGACCGAAAGCAUGCCGUGACCUGGUUCGAGUCCUGCGGAGAGCCAUUGAAGCGAGGUGAAGUGAAGGACACCCCAGACGACUUCAUGAACAACCUCAUCAACAAGACCCUUGUUUGA